CCCUGUGAAGUAGGUUAGGCUGAGAGAGAAGUGACUGGCCCAGAGACACCCAGCUAGUUUUAUGGCUGAAUGGGGAUUUGAACUCGGGUCUCCCCGGUCCUAGUCCAGCACUAGGAGAAAGAAAAUUUAAAAGAAAAAUUUCUGAAGAAAAGGGACAUUUAAUAUCUAAAAUUUGCUCCAUGAGUGAAUGAAUUUGUUUCCAAAAAAACCUGUGCUUUAUUACAGAUCCACCACAUAUGAUAAAAUGUCCCCACUUGCAGAUUAUAUUUCCAGCGCCCCUUUGGAUUUAAGAGAAUACCACUCAGGAACCUGCUAUUGUCCCCAGACCCUAACCCAAGAAGACACAGACAACAGUAUAGUGGGUAUAACGGGCCACAACUUUAUAAAUCAAAUUAAUUUGAGUUAGCGGACUGUAGGAGGGUAAACACUCCACCGCCCAGAGAGUGCAGGCCUAACAAAGACUGGGUUCCAACUUCACAGUCCUUCCCCAUGUCUUUACUCAGUCCCCAAAAGGACGACCAGCCCAAAGCCCAUUCUGCCCCUAGGGAAGGGAGGGCAGGGAAAACCUCAAGCCAACUGAAAGUUUGGGGCAGGGAGCUGCUGGAACGGCUGUGCAAUCCCCGCCCCCUACAGGCCCCUGGCCAAUCAGAAGCCUUCUAGGGCUCAUGCUAGGGAAUGGGCUGGGACAAACUACCCUCCCUUCAGCACAAGACCUUGGGAAGGGCAUGUCCAUGCAGUUCGGGCAAUAUUGAGUCCAUCCCACAUGUACUUUUAUACCAUUUAUAUUAUAGGGACAUUCACAUUGCCUGGAUAGAACCACUUAUUUAAAAAAACAUAUCAGGUCGAUCAGAAGAGUAUUAUACUUCCUUUUUCCUGGCAGACCAGUAUACAGCAAAUACGGCUGGGGUAGCAAGAUUCUGUGCCACAGCAUGCAAACUGAGAUGGGAGCAUUUAAUGAAUUGUAAUUGUGACCUCUUUAUAUGUUUUGAUACUCUAAGAAGGAAAUAGGGAACAGCUUGGGUGGGGCACUGACUGUUUGUUGCCUCUGCUCCACUUCUCUUCCAGGUGUGUACCAUCUCCUGGGCUGUUGCUGAGCUGGGGCUUCUGCUAAUAUAAAGGGCAGGCUGGCCCAGGGGCGUGAGCCUCUUGGCGCGAGCCGAAGGGCGAGAGCACAAGGGCUCUUGUCGUUGUGGCUCUCAGCCGUGGGGUGAGCUGCCUGGGCCUGAAGACCUUUUUCGUCUGCCUUGAAGAUCUGUCUUCCUUCAAUUAAGAUAUCAGCAGAGAUCGUAUAAGCCUGGUCCUGGUUUUUAAAUUAAGCCAAGAAGCUAUGGUGGGUUAGUCUGGGGAGAUGUGCCUGGGAGAGCGAAAAAGUGGGUCUGGAGUGGGGGUAGCGGGCAGAGGGAGGUAUGGCGGUGGGAGUUGGGCGGGCCGUUACUGGGGAAAUCGGUCCAGGCAAUUGAGGCCUGUUCCUUUUUCCGGCCCCUCUCCCAACCCUCUGACCCUAGGGAGCUCUGAGAACACUCCUUCGAGGAUUAGGGUGCUGCUGCUGAAUGCCAGGUCAGUUAACACAAAAACAUCUCUCAUCCACGAUCUGAUUGUGGAUGAGCGUGCUGACCUGGUAUGCAUGACGGAGACCUGGUUGGAUGCGCUGGGCGGGGUUGGUCUCUCUCAGCUUUGUCCUCCAGGUUUCCAGAUCGUGCAGCAGCCCCGCCUCAAGGGCCGGGGAGGAGGCGUUGCAGUCAGCUUUCGAGAGACCCUCCCCGUUUCCAGGUGCCCGGUCAGGCAAUCUCAGAAUUUCGAGGGUUUGUCCUUGAGGGUGGGCCUCCGAGAUAGGCUGGGGAUUCUGUUGGUGUACCGACCACCCCACUGCACUUCAGUCUCCCUACCUGAGCUGGCGGGGGUGGUCUCGGAAGUGGCUUUGGGUUCCCCCAGGCUUAUUGUUUUGGGGGAUUUCAAUGUCCACGCCGAGGCCCCCCUAGUGGGUGCGGCUCAGGAUUUCAUGGCCUCCAUGGCAACCAUGGGCCUGUCUCAAUUGGUAUCGGGCCCUACCCACGUGGUGGGACACACUCUGGAUCUGGUUUUUGCCGACCGGGAAAUAAAUGAUCUGGAGGUGGGGGAAUUUGAGAUCACUCCCUUGUCAUGGACAGAUCAUCACCUGGUGGGGUUUAGUUUGACUGCUCCGUCUGCCCUCUGCAGGGGUGGUGGGCCGAUUAAGAUGGUCCGCCCCCAGAGGCUUAUGGUUCCAUUUGGAUUUCAGACGGCCCUCGGGGAGUUUCCAGUGUCCAGAGCUGGUGACCCUGUCGAGGCCUUGGUUGAUCUCUGGAAUGGAGAGGUGGCCCGGGCUGUUGACACGGUUGCCCCCAAGCGCCCUCUCCGGCUUGGUGGAGCCCGUUCUGCUCCUUGGUUUUCCUCGGAGCUUAGGGCAAUGAAGCAACUCGGACGACAGCUGGAGCGACGCUGGAGGAAGAGUCGUCACGAAUCCGAUCGAACACGGGCUAGAGCCCAUUUUAGGGACUACGCCGUGGCGGUGGGGGCAGCGAAGAAACGUUUUUUCUCCGCCUCCAUUGCGUCUGCUCAGUGCAGGCAAACAGAGCUGUUUCGUGUGGUGAAAACAUUGCUCCACACAUCCCCCCGGACAAUGGGGGAGGAGUCAUCUACUGCUCUUUGUGAUCGGUUUACCUGUCGCUUUGCAGAUAAAGUCGCUUGCAUCCGUGCUGACCUGGACUCCAGAGUUUUGGCAGUUCCGGCAGACGUGCCUCUGGUACCAUCUGGUCCCGUUGUUUUGGAUUCUUUUCGGUUGGUGCGGCCUGAGGAUGUGGACAAGAUCCUGGGCAGUGUGCGGGCGACUUCGUGCGCUCUUGACCCUUGCCCUUCAUGGCUAAUAAAAGCUGCCAGGGAGGGGACAAGCAGAUGGCUGGAGGUGAUCGUUAAUGCUUCGUUAAGGGAGGGCAGGAUGCCAUCGUGCCUUAAGGAGGUGGUGGUAAGACCUCUAUUUAAAAAGCCCUCAACCUGGACAAUUAUAGACCUGUGUCUAACCUUCCCUUCUUGGGCAAGGUGAUGGAGCGUGUGGUGGCGUCCCAGCUGCAGAGGGUCUUGGAUGAUACGGAUUAUCUGGACCCUUUUCAAUCUGGCUUCCGCCCCGGGUAUGGGACUGAGACUGCCUUGGUCGCUCUAGUGGAUGACCUACGCCGGGAACUAGAGAGGGGGAGUGCGUCCCUGUUGGUUCUGCUGGACCUCUCAGUGGCGUUCGAUACCAUCGACCAUGGUAUCCUUCUGGGCCGCCUCUCGGGUAUGGGGAUCGGAGGCACUGCGUUGCAGUGGUUCCAGUCCUUUCUUGAGGGGAGGGUCCAGAAGGUGGUGCUGGGGGACUACUGCUCGGCCCCGUGGCCGUUGGCCUGUGGGGUCCCACAGGGUUCGGUCUUGUCCCCCAUGCUGUUUAACAUCUACAUGAAGCCGCUGGGAGAGGUCAUCCGGGGAUUUGGACUGAGUUGUCAGCAAUAUGCGGAUGACACUCAGCUCUAUCUCUCCUUGUCAUCUGAUCCUAGGGAGGCGGUGGAUGUCCUGAAUCGGGGGCUGGAGGCCGUGAUGGGUUGGAUGUGGGCUAAUAAACUGAAAUUGAAUCCGGAUAAGAUGGAGGUACUGUUGGUCAGUAGGAGAGCCAAUCAGGAUGAGGAGAUUUUACCGGUUCUGGAUGGGGUUGCACUCCCCUUGAAGGAGCAAGUACGCAGCUUGGGGGUACUACUGGACCCGGUUCUGCUUUUGGAAGCUCAGGUGGAGCGGUGGCCAGGGGUGCCUUUUCACGGCUUCGGCUGGUGCGCCAGUUGCAUCCCUUUCUCGAGAAGGCAGAUCUGGCCACGGUUACCCACGCCUUAGUCACGUCGCAGCUGGAUUACUGUAACGCGCUCUACGUGGGGCUGCCCUUGAAGAAUAUCCGGAAACUACAGCUAGUGCAAAAAGCGGCAGCAAGGGUUCUAUCCGGAGCUGCCCGUUGGGAACAUAUCACCCCCAUUUUGAAAGAGCUGCACUGGCUGCCGGUUUGUUACCAGGUCCAGUUCAAGGUGCUGGUUUUGACCUUUAAAGCCCUAAACGGUUUGGGCCCGGGGUAUUUGAGGGACCGCCUGCUCCCAAGGAUUGCUGCCCGCUUGACUAGGACAUCUGGGGGGGGCCUUCUCCGGGUGCCGACAAUGAGGGAGGCCCGGCUGUCGUGCACUCGGGACAGGGCCUUCUCUGUUGCUGCCCCUAGACUCUGGAAUGCUCUCCCGGUGGCCAUUCGUUUCUCAGACUCCAUCACAGCUUUUAGAAAGCUUUUAAAGACUAGGCUUUUUACCCAGGCUUUUACAUAAUCGUCUUUUACUGCUGUUCUUGUGUGUUUUUAUCUGUUGUCUUGUUUUUAUGCCUGUUUUUAGCUUGAUGUUUUUACUGUUUUUUAUUGUAUGUUUUUAAUUUUUGUAAACCGCCUUGGGGUUUUCUUUUAACGAAAGGCGGUAUAAACAUGUAAAAAUAAAUAAAUAAAUAAAAAUAUUACCCAGUC